AGAUAAGUAUGGACACGAUUCAUCCAAAACGAUGCGUUUUGAUUCCUUUAUGUAGUAAGUUUACCUAAGAAACUGGAGCAAGCUGGGCAGUCUAGGAUCAUCGGAGCCCUACAGCAACUGGCGGCCUCAUCUCUCGCCGAACCUCUGCCGCGUGCUUCGCCAUUUGGCCGGACAUCUCAGCCAUUUUUGGCUUCUGUGGAAAGCUCGAAGCUUCUUCUCCGCCGAAGGCCGACAAAUCUUAGCGAAGGUUGAAGGAGGAGGUCUCAUAUAUUCCUGCUUCCCAGCCGCAAAGGACUCAAUGAUGAAUGCAAGGUUAAAGAAUUCAGGAAAGCUUAUAUUUCAAAGAAUGAUGAUUUAUAUCAAGCUUGAAGCAUGAAUUCAAAAAUGAAUUUAAAGAUAAAGCUUGAAGAUCAUGAGAGUAUGAGGAUUAAUGAGAACUUUAUGAAAGCUCAAAGAAAGAUGAAGCAAGCAUAAAGACCUCAAGGAAUUCAAAAAUUGGAAAUUUGAAGGAGUUUAUAGGAAAUUUCAUGUAUUGGACUAAGUGUAGACUUGUGGCAAUACUAUCACUGCAAAAUUCUUAAUUAUGGAGACAGAGGCAGAUGGAAAGCAGGGCUCCCUCAUUCUGUUGAAGCAAGGAGCUGAAGCAAGGGUUUAUGAGUCAACCUUUGUGGGAAGGAGGUCUAUUGUCAAGGAACGCUUCUCAAAGAAGUACAGGCAUCCAUCUUUGGAUUCAAAACUCACCCUCAAGCGGUUGAAUGCAGAAGCUAGGUGCAUGACUAAAGCUAGACGACUUGGGGUUUCCACUCCGGUGCUGUAUUUUGUGGACCCUGUGCUACAUACACUAACUUUUGAGUAUGUGGAGGGCCCCUCUGUCAAAGACAUACUCCUUGGUUUUGGGGCUAAAGGUGUUGAUGAAGAGCAGCUAGAUGAUAUAGCAUUACAGAUUGGCAACGCAGUUGGGAAACUACAUGAUGGUGGACUCAUUCAUGGUGAUUUGACCUCGUCAAACAUGUUGAUACAAAGUGUUACCAAUCAGCUAGUUCUUAUUGACUUUGGUUUGAGCUUCACAUCAACUCUUCCAGAAGAUAAAGCUGUUGAUUUGUAUGUACUUGAACGAGCCUUAUUGUCAAUGCAUUCUUCAUGUGGGAAUGUGAUGGAUCGGAUAGUUGCUGGGUAUCGAAAGUCCUCAAAGCAAUGGUCAUCAACAUUGAACAAACUAGCUCAAGUGCGGCAAAGAGGUCGAAAGCGUACCAUGGUGGGGUGAUUUGUUCUUGAAGUCUGUUGCCUAUCAAGAUAAGGGUUAGGAAAUCAGGACAAACAAGCAGAAAGAGCUCCGAGGUAGAGGAGAUCUUGUUACCCUAGUAUUCAAGGUAAGUGUUUGGAAUUGGGGAUAUGUUUUUGAUAUAACCCCUAGAGUAUUUUGUAAAUUUUUGGGAAUGUAUAUGUAUAUGUAGGGGGUUAUAACACUUUGGUAUUGUAUAUGGGUCCCAGACACUUUAUGUAUUCUGCUGUUUGGAUAGUAUGUUUUGAUGGACAGAUUUCUCGAUACCCACUUCAGAUCGGGUUAUGUUGAUAUAUGGUAUCAGAGAUGUUUGUUGGAUUA